GGGGAAGAUGUUGGCGAUGACAAAAGAGACUUAAAAAUGGUGCAUACCAGUGUGUUUACAGAAGAAGAAAAGAUAACAAGGGUGUGGAAGAAAGGAGAGAUAAGUUGUGAAGUGAAGGAAAGUGGUGAGAUGGUGCAUGUAAGUGGGCAUAAUAAAGUGAG